GUGACGCCGCCGUUGUUGCUGCUGCUCUCGCCGCUCCGCUUUCGCCUCAGGCGCCGCUCGCUCUUCGUUCUCCUCGCCGCCUCCAUGGCCAACUACAUCCACGUCCCGUCGGGCUCGCCUGAGGUGCCCAAGCUGGACAUCUUCGUCAGCGAGAGGGACCCUUCGGGCGGCGGCAAGGCGGGCUACCGCCGCGGAGCCCUGGAGCUUCUCCGCCGGCUUAGGCCCGACUGGAAGCCUGAGGAGGUGACGCUGAAGAUGUUUACAGAUGGAAUCACAAAUAAACUUAUUGGCUGUUACGUGAAUGAAAAAAUGGAUGAUGUUGUCCUUGUUAGAAUUUAUGGGAAUAAGACAGAACUCUUAGUUGAUCGAGAAGAAGAAGUGAAGAGCUUCCGUGUGCUGCAGGCCCAUGGUUGUGCACCGCAGCUUUACUGCACUUUCAAUAAUGGCCUGUGCUAUGAGUUCAUGCAAGGAGAAGCUCUGGAUCCAGAACAUGUUUGCAACCCAGAGAUAUUUCGACUUAUAGCAAGACAACUUGCUAAAAUUCAUGCUAUUCAUGCUCACAAUGGAUGGAUACCCAAGUCCAACUUAUGGAUAAAGAUGGGAAAGUACUUCUCUCUUGUACCAACAGAAUUUGCAGAUGAGGAGUUGCAUAAGAGGUUUCUAAAAGAUGUCCCAAGUCGUCAAAUUCUACAGGAUGAAAUGGCAUGGAUGAAGGAGAGACUGUCUAAUCUAGGUUCGCCAGUGGUACUUUGUCACAAUGAUCUGUUGUGUAAAAAUAUCAUCUACAAUGGAAAACAAGGUGAUGUUCAGUUCAUUGACUACGAGUACUCUGGAUAUAAUUACCUCGCUUAUGACAUUGGGAACCACUUCAAUGAAUUUGCAGGAGUGAGUGAGGUUGACUAUAACCUCUAUCCAAGCAGAAAGCUGCAAGAACAAUGGUUGAGAUCUUACCUGGAAGCUUACAAGGAAUAUAAAGGAUUUGGAACAGAUGUCACUGAGAAAGAGGUUGAGGUGCUUUAUGUCCAGGUGAACCAGUUUGCUCUGGCCUCUCAUUUCUUCUGGGGAUUGUGGGCCCUAAUUCAAGCCAAAUACUCCACUAUUGACUUCGAUUUUCUAGGGUAUGCAGUUGUUCGCUUCAAUCAGUACUUCAAAAUGAAGAAUGAAGUAAUGGCAUUAAAACUUCCUGAGUAAAAUUUGAGAACUUCAGUUACCCACCUGUUGAUAAGAUUCUUACUGUUUUUGUCAUGAGUACAGAUAAUAGGAAAAGCUCUACAUUUGUAUUGUUCCUUUGGUGUUUUUUGCUUUUCAUUGCCUCUAAAGAACAAUCUUUUAAUGGUAAACUUAAAAUGAAGGUCGUUUCUGAUAUUGUGGAAGGAUUAGAAGCUAAUGGAUUUCUGAAACACAAGGAGAGCAAGUUUAGUCCUUUUUCUUGUAUUUUUUAAUGUGAUACAUGAAUUAUUUAUUAUGAGUUUAACAUUCCAUUGCUGCUGUUUAUUGGUCCUCCUUAAUGGAGAGGAUGCAGGCUAUCAUCCUGUAAAGUUUUUACAUCUCAAAUUGAUAAAGCAUUCAGUUGUUUAAUUAUGAACUAUAUGGAAUCUACACAGUAACAGACCCUAGUUUGUACUCAAAUAAGUCACUGGUGCUGACUGGAGAUUAUAUCAGGGUGGAACAAAGUAAUUUCCAUUCUUUUGUUUCUCUAACCUCUAGCAAAGUGCUGUGUGGAAAAAAAUAACCAUUCUUGUAUAUAGCGGAAGCAAAAAUUUUGUGGAGGCCUGCUCACUUCAUUAAGGAAAUGAUACCUACUUUCUAUAGGCUUUAAAAUCUGAAGAGGGAUUUUACCCUAUAAUGCAAGCUUUAGAUGACCAUUCUUCCAGGUGUCAUGUAAUUUCCUCCCUAACAACAGUUUUUGAAAUCUUUGAACACCUUGUUAUAUAGACUAGGGAUAAAAGUAUUAGCUAGAUACUGUAAUAAAAACCAACAGGGCAAGCUGUUGAGUGAUCCUGUAAUGAUUGGGAGCAAAACUGUACACUGAAUUUUUAUUUCUUUAGGCUUUGUGAGUGUUCAUUAUUUUCCUUGUUGGCUUCCUUGUCUUGAGUCCACCUUCUUUGUCCCCCUCUCUUAGUUAGUAAAUGGUAGUGGCAUUUGAAGAAUGAGAAUUGGUCAUGAACAUUUUGGUCUUCUUUUUCAAAAGCUAUCCUACCAAGAAUGUUUCAAAUUUCAAAAAUAUGAAGUGAAACACAAUGUUUGCUUAGCUAGUGUAUGUGUGAGAGUAUGUGUGUUUAAGAAUGGGGAAGUGGCUUUAAACUUCGAGAGUCACUGUACUGAGUUGAAUAUUAGUUUCUGUUGGUCUUAUUUUUUCCACUUUGGUCACUUAAGUGCCCAUAUAUACAAAGUCUCUGUGUUCAUAUGCAUUAUGUGUAAAUGCAAAUAUACCUUAAAUAGAGAUGAAGUGGGAAACCUGUUGCCCAGACUCAGUGAAAAUAUUUAUUCAGAAAUAUUUUAUAGGACUCUGUAAAAUAAACAUUGGAUAAAAAAAAGUCUGACUUGAUACAACACAAUGAUUAGGGUGGAUGAAAAUUUCAACCCAAAGUCACUGAAAACAUCGCCUGUUUACAGAACUAAAAACAUGAUGAGAUACAUUUUGAGAUGUAAUAUUUCUAAAAUCACUUUCUUCAAAUGCCCCAAAUUAGAAUAGUUCUAUUCAGCAGUGGAAUUAAUUAAGAAAAAGUAGGGUACAAUUUGUAUUCUGUUGACAGCUUUCCCCAGUGUCGUGCGUUAUGGAUGUGAUGGACUUAACUGCAUGGUUAGUGCUGAGGUUCAGUUUAUCUGGAUGGUAACAGGAAUUAUAUUCUACUCAUACUUAAAACUUUCAUACGGAGAAGGGUAGUUUUACUUUUAAGAUACAUUUCAGCUGUUACCACAGUAUACAUAAAUUGGGCAGCUUCUCUACAUGAUCAGUGUUGAGCCAAUAAUUAAAGGAAAUGUGUAAUUUAUCAAGUAAAGGGUGUUGCUUGAGCUCUAGAAAAUAAGAAAACAGAACAGCUCUUUUUUUUUUAAUGUCUUUGUAUUCAUUUUACAUACGUCUUUAAUGCCAUCUUACCAGUGAGGCACUUGGGAAUUAGACAGAAUUAAAUUACUGAAAGCUUUGAUUUUCAAAAAGCUGAAAACUGCUUUGCUCAAAAUGCUCUCUGAAUUAAAUCUUUAUAGAAUGUUACUGUUGGAAAAAUUCAAGUAAAUGUGACUUUUUAAGCUAGUUUUUUACUACACCAGCAAGGCUUAAGGCUUAGUAAUACUAGGUAAGGGCUACUUUAGUUCAUUAUUAUUAUGGUUAUUAUCACUCUGAUCAUUAUUUUUGUUGCACAGAAAAUGAUACCCAAAGUAUGGUGGUUUGGCCCCUCAGUUCUUUGUCAUGGAGAGAGAAGAAUGUGCCUCCAUGAUCACUGGAUGAUCACUGCAAAUUUUAUUGAUAAGCUUUUAUUAUGUUUCAGCUGAGCUUAAUAUGAACUAAUUAAAAGUUUUUUUUUAAAAUAAUGAGCUCUUUAGAAGAGCUUGGUCUCCAAAGUGGCUGGAUUUCAAUCAUGUUUCCAUUUUUGCCAAAAUUGUGUUAGAUUGGACAUUUUCCAGCACAGUGUAUUUUUGAAUGCAUACAGGACAUAGAAAAAUAAUUAGUGCAUUUAAGUCAUGUUAAGAGAAAAUAUCCAUUUACCUUGAAGAAUAGUGCAUGCAGCUUAAUAUAGUUACAUUUUGUUAUUUCAGAGCUGUGGUUUUCUGCUCUCAGCUCUUUUAUUCCUAUUUUUAAUUGGUUUUUUUGAGAUGGCUUUGUCACACUUUCCAACUUGCUUACAUUUUUCAAGUACUUGAAUCUUUUAUUUUCCAGAGCUCUAGAAACAACCUCAGGUAAUUCUGGCUGUGACUUGGUAACAAACUAAUCUAUUGCCUUUACUUGUAAGCUAAGGAUUCUAAUGCCAUCACUAGUGACAUUGUUAUAAAAUGUAUUGAAAAUAGGGAGUUACUAGAAAUAGCAUUCAGCACUGUAAACAUCAGCCUACAGAGCAUAGUGGCCUAGUAGCUUUUGUAAAGCAGAAAUGCGUGAAUUUUUCAUCACACUGGCAAUCAGACCAGGUUAAUCGUCAUACCUAAUGGAUUCAGACAUCAAAGCUUCCUUGAUAAUGGUGGUGGAUUUAAAAGAAAGUUGGUAUUGUUUUGAACUCUCGGCCUGGGGUUCUUAAUGUGAAUUUUGUAGAAGGAUUAGCUAAUCAAUUCAUGGCAACCGGGUCUGACUGUGUAUAUAUAAUAGUGUAAAUAACCAUUUGUAAAUUAGUGUGAAUUGUAUGGUACCUCGCAUUUAUGAAUUUAUGUAUUUUCAUUAUAUGUUCCUUUUUGUAGAAUUUGGAUGUAAACAAAAAUCCAGUUCUUGACAUCUGUUGACCUCUUUUUGUUAAAUAGGGUGCCUUCAAGGGAAAUCCCAAUUGGAGAACAAUAGGCUAGAGUACCUGAGGAUACAUAUUAGCUUACAUGAUGUGUCUUUCUCAUUGUGUUUGUAGUGUCUGCCUUAGUAUCCAUACAUUUACUUUGGAAGAGGUAAUCAAUCUAGAAAUGAGUUAGCACAAUAAUUGGUUUUAAGUGACAAUAUCCAUUCUUCCAGUAGGGAGCAGAUUGGCUGAUUAAAAGAAAAACUGUUUUCUCUUAUAAGACAUAAUGAAGGUCCACUCCGAGUACUGCUUAACAUUUGUGGUUUGUCGUGCACAGGUGACUCUUGCUUUGAAAAACCCUUGUACAAAUUCCUUUCCCAACAGUAGAGGCUCCUGCACAUUAAAUAGCAACAUCAUCAAAGCUUGUGGAUAGGAAUAGCUAAAGCAAAAGGAAGAUAUACGUAUAUAAAACGGCAGCAGCAAAAGAUAUUCAAAUCCUUAAAGCAAAUUAGAUGAGGAAUUUCCAUAAGACAUUUUUAAAAGAUCUACGGUUUACUCCUGGUUAAUACUGAGUUUUUCAUAAAAUCUGGAUUUGCACCCUCUGAUUCACUGACGUUCUCCAAAAAGUCUUGUACCUGUGGAGCAAAAGCAUUUGUGAGCAUCCUUGAAGGUUAAAGUUGCAAGCGUUCAGGGAUACCUUUUACUGCUUCAGUGGUAAAACUGAUAAAAUUGAACAUUCUUCUCAAGUUGUCCUAAUUUUCUUUUUGGUUUAAAAAAAACCCUAUUCCCCAAAGUAAAACUUAGUCCUUGUCAAUCCUGGUAUGUGUUUUUGGAAAGUUGCAUUCUGUUGAGCCUAUUUUUUAAAAUUAAUUUAGUUGUGCUUUUGAAAUUUUUCUAAACACACACUUACAAAGUUGCAAGUGCUUGAAAUGAAUAGUUAAUCUAUAGUUAUUCAGUUUCUGUUUAGUUAGACUGUCCAUAUAUAGGACAUGUAAUCAGUUAUGGACAAAUGAUUGUUGACUGCUGCAUAACUAUAGAUCUUAAAUGACCAGAGACUUCCCAAAGUGGUAAAGCCCUGUAAUGACUGAUGAUGCAUACCAUUUACUCCUGUAUGCAGACUAGGGAGUGGGGGUGGGGGUGAGGAGAGAGAAGACCCAUGAGAAUUGUUUGCAUGUGACAGCGUUGAGAAGAGUCAGUGUUUUUGUUGGCUAAAUUAAUAAAUGCUGGCACAGUAAUGAAUUGCAAAAGUAAUCCAUGCCUGUUUUAAAUAAAUUAGCAGAAAACAAAUUAACCUCUGAUUUCAGUGAUUUUCUCCAACAAAAUUAAAAUUGCUCCUGUGCAGCCUCCAAAGAUACAGGCCCUUGCUUUGGUUUUGCCUAUUGAAAUAUUGCUACAUAAAAUGUUCAUUUUUCAUAUAGUAAGAAUACAUUGAUACCUAAUGUGCCAAGAUGACAAAUUAAUAUUUGUAUACAUUUGGGAUUUUAAAAAAUCUUAAGCAUCUUGUGGGAGCCUGCCAUUUUGACAGUGUUUUGAAAGCCAGUCAGUAGCUGUGGUUGACUUAGGAGUGAAGGAGCGGACAAUCUGGGGCACCUUUUUGACUUGGUUCUCCAUCUCACUGCUGCACGUACUGAUUAAUGGGUUGAUUGAGAUAAUAAAUAAGCCCUUAAAUGAGUUGUAAGCACUGCUGACUGAAAGUGCUGUAUAAAUUAUAAAUGACAGUAAAGGCAAUUCUCACAGUUUGAAGGCAAAGACUAAUGUGGAGAAGAAAACACAGUGGCUCAACUGUGAAAAUACAGAUUAAAAAUAGGUAUCAGUCACAAGGAGCAGUAACAUUACUGCCGGGCUUAAUUAAUUUCAGUAGGAUCAAAGUACUGAAAUGGCUUCUUGUGUUUCUGAUAUGCCCCAUCUCCUGUUUAUUUUCAGAGAUAGGCCAUAGUUGUGGAAGAAGCCUUAUCCUCAACUGUGAAUGGCAUCAGUGGCUAAAAUAUUUUGAUAUCUUGGGGUAAUGAAAAGCUUUGCAUUUACAAGGGUUCAUUUCUUGAGGCUCACCAUCCGUGUGUGACAGCCGCAUACAGGAGCAGACCAUUCCCUUGGCUCUCUUUUCUCUCCUCACAUUUUUAACCUUUUGUUUGUUGAGUCAGUCUUGUCCUGUGAAGGGUUGCCUGUCCAAUGAAAGGGAGAGAAAAAUCCCCAAUCUGUAUGUUAUGAAUGGAACUAAAAAUCGUGCUUUCUGUUCUUUGGCUUGUACUGGAGUGAACUUUUUUUAAGCUAAGCAUUGUGGAAGCUCUAUAUUAAGGCCUUUUAUCAUUGAUUUCAAUGAAGGAAUGUAUCUUGCAAAGAGAUUUAUAUUAUGUAAAUAAUUCAAAAUUGGUUGUAACAAUAAAGCUGGUUUUUAACUGCA